AUGCAAAACUUCAUGUCACAUGAGUUUAAAAAUGAAAAAUGUUCAAUCCUCCGGUUCGGACAUGUCGUCCGUCGUUUUGUUCAUCCGGACUUCAACUCCAAGAACUUCGGCCUGAAGCCGAGGCUUUGGCCCCAAUAUUUAUAUGCCGAAAUCAGGAAUUACCAUAUGACCGACAGGUAUGAUAUGCAUCCUCCAGCUGUCAUCGGACCAAGCUGCAGGCUGCUCAGAUCACGGUCGCCAGUGAGCCACGGUGAUCCGGAAAAAAAUAGACAUGCCCCGAAAGUCAACCAUACCCUGCACCACUGA